UUGUAACUGUCCUCUGGGCCACUAAAGGGUCUGCAUUAAUGAAUGCGCAAUCCACGUUGAACAUGUUUUUGCUCAAGUUCGUGCUUUGCGAAAUACAUUUUUUCGGCGCCUGAUGUGAAGACUAUGUGGGCAGCGCAACCACGCUACUGAUCAUGUGAUGAGGGAAGAGGCUCAUGCAGUCUUCAGCGAGGAGCAUGCUACGAUCCUCCGGCAUGCGUUGGGAAGUACUGUGAUGUCAAGCUCGAGCACACUGGAAGGCCACGACCUCUUGCGGCUUUUUGCACCUAUGGGGGCCGUGGCAUCUGGUUUCCUCCACGCUUGGGGCAUGGCCUUGCGGAAGAGGUACGGUGAAGGAUCUGCAAACUACCUGGCGGAGCCGGGCUGGUGGGCCGGUGCCUUUGCCGAUUGUCUCGGUGGCGUUGCCUUCACUUUGAGCACCCCGCUUUUGGCAGUUGAGAUUUUGGUGCCCAUGACGGCGGUCGCACAGCUUGCCGCUGCUUUCGUCUGUGGCUGUUGCUUCUUCAAUGAGCGAAGCACCUUCAUGCAACAAGCUGGCUUCGUUCUGUCUGUCGUCAGUGUUGCUCUGCUGGGUGCUACGAAACAAGAGAAAGCGGAACCCCUGACCAGCAUCGAAGACUUCUGGCACCGCUGGCUACAGCCACAGGUGCUGGCGGUGCAUUGCUUCUGGCUUUGUAGUACUGUUCUUUGUUUUGUUGGCAUUAGUGAGCAGAACGGCUUUGCCGUCCUAUCUGCGUACUUUGAUGGCGUCCAGUUCCUCUUCACCCGGACGAUCGCUGCAAUGCUGGAGACCACAGGGUCUAUGGAUGCCGCCUUGGUGCGACUGUCUGUCUUCAAAGCGUUCUGCGCUUUGACGGCCAUUCACUGGCAGCAGGCUGCUCUUGGAGCCGACCUCACAAGCAUCGGUACGGUGCUCCCGCUGCUGCAGAACCUUACUGAAGCCUCGCUGGGAGCGCCCUUCUUCGGCGACCGCGUGAAGGUGACUCCGGCGCUGCUGGCCGCCUUGGCCGUGGCGCCGUUGAGCGUGUGGCUUUUGGCUCAGACGCCGGAGAGGCGUCGGCUUUCGAUGCUGCGGGCAAGGCGUGCAAGUACCGGUGCUUCUUUGGAUGAGGCAUUGUGCAGGUCCAGCAAAGCGCAAGGACUGGACACCAAGCGCGGAACCAUCUGAGAGACCCGGACCCGCAUAGCUGCUGAUUGGCUUCUGUGCGGA